ACUCCAGUUUGUAAGCGACGUGAGCCGCGUCACUUCCGCAUGUGAAGCCAGUUAAAGGUCUCCGGGAAACAAAGAAGUAUCAACAGGAAACGAACAGUGUCGAGUGUUUUCAUGUGAGUCGAGUCCAGUUUCCUACUCACCGUCGACAGAUGUGUGAACCUCAGGACCCUGUCCGCUCCCACGACGUGAAGUCUGAAGACGGCAGCUGGAGUCUGAGCCAUGUGACCGGGGACCUGUUCUCCUGCGGCGGGGACGAGGCUCUGGCUCACUGCAUCAGCGAGGACUGUCGCAUGGGGGCCGGCAUCGCCCUGGUGUUCAGACAGAGGUUCAGAGGAGAGGAGGAGCUGAAGGAGCAGAAGAAACUGACCGGUCAGUGUGCCGUGCUGAAGAGAGACAGACGUUUUGUCUACUACCUGAUCACAAAGAAAAAGGCGAGGCACAAACCCACCUACGACAGUCUGACUCUGAGCCUGGAGGACAUGAGGUCGCACUGUGUGAAGAACGGAGUGACCAGAAUAUCCAUGCCUCGUAUCGGCUGCGGCCUGGAUCGACUGGACUGGACCCGAGUGUGUGAGAUACUGGAGCAGGUGUUCAGACACACUCACGUCUGCAUCACCGUCUACAGCCUCCCUCCGAAAACUGCGGCCGCGGUGAUGAAGGGAAACAUGCGCAGAUGAUUAUUGUCAUAUUCAGAUCAUGCACUUUUUCUGUAUCAUUAUAUUUUCAGUGAGAAAAAAUUAUUUUAGAGAUUAUAUGGAAAUAAAUAUUCUUUGUACAUCAA